GUUUUCAGCGUUCUCAGGUGAUGUUUCUUGGAAGAACAUGAUGCAAGCGUGGCGUGUGCGCGUGUUGUGCACGUUCCGUUCGAGGCGUGACGCGCAUCAGCGCAGGAGGAGGCAUCACUGACUCGCGUGUUCUGUUGCGUUUCAUGUUUGCUCAAUUCUGCGUUACGAGCGGCUCGCAUCUGCAGAGACAGUCAGUGUCGGGAUAUAACUGCGCUUUCCUAGCUGGAGGCUCAAUUAAAGUCCGAGCGGGGCGCGAAAAAACCGCGUCUCGAAAGCGCCUCAACUUCUGUUCCGUCGCCUGAGCGGAGGGGCUCGCGCGGUCACGCGCCCCUAGACCGUGGACCGCGGACUACGUGUCACGAGGGCGCCGGCGCGAGGUCGACGAGCACUCUCGGGCUGCGAACGCUGCCAGCAGGCGGGAAGGUGACACGAGACCUUGCCUGCGCGAGACGAGAGCCCAGCCGACCGAUACCUGAGUGACACCGGCUUCGCCGUAAAUUUACGAGCUGCGCAAAAAAAAGAGGAAAAAAAAAAAAAAAAAAAGAGAGGAAGUCACCGUUUCGCCGCCUUGCUUGUUAAAAGUGACACCUGAACUCGUCCUCCGCUCCGCUCUCUCUCUGUGUGUCUCCCUCUUUCAGGCGCCACAGUGAGCAGUGAAAUCAUGGCCGGGAGCACGAGGCGGUCACGCGAGAGGAGAGGAUGAGGCGUAAACAAGUGAUAGGAAGCCCGAGGAGCCGCCCGCUGCCUGGACAGGCUGCUGCCCAAGCGAGGACCGAGGCCUCUUGAACCCUUGGCUUGGCGGUGGAGAGGGGGAGGGGGAGACAAUAGAGAGGGGCGAGGGGCACUCAUUCACUCACUCACUCAUUCACUCACUCACUCGACAUGAACGGCACCACACAGGCCCCCGGCCCGGCAGAUGGCGGGGGCGACUUGGCCGUCACCUACGUGCUGGUGCCCUUCUUCCUUGUGACUGUUGCUGGGAUCAUCGCCGCCAUGGUGAUGUACGCGCGUAAGAGGAGAAGGGUGGACCGACUCCGGCACCAGCUGCUCCCGGUCUACGCCUACGACCCAUCGGAGGAGCUGAACGAGGUCGAGCAGGAGCUGCUUUGGAAAGAGGAGGAUACCAAGGUGGUGCAAGGUUGGGCAAGGACUUAUCAGCACCGGCGCCCCCUGCUUAUGAAAGAUGCACAGGCAUGAAGCCUGUGCAGCCAUGCAGAUGGUGGGGGAAGUGUCAUGCACAAGGGCCAUGCUCAUUCUCUUCAGGAGCAGCAUAAUGUCAGGUUUGCAAAUACCAAAUCUGGGCCAUCUUCAUUAACCUCAGAUUUCCAGAUGGACCUGCAUAACCUUUGCUUCUUCAUACUGAGAAUUUUGACUAACUGGAGAGUCUGACAUUAUUCUGAAAAUGUUAUUUUAAGAGUAUUUCUUCAAACUUUUUUUUUUUUCCAUUUAUGUCAUCCUGCUGAGCAAUUUCGAAACCCUGAGGACGCCCCGGUCAAGGACAGGGCAACCAUCUUGGUUCUGACCCAAAGCCUGUACUUGAGUUAUAUUUGGAAAUUGCAUUCCUCUGUUUUUCCUAUUAUUAUACAGAGUUCUGUCUUGAAAUCCAGAAAAAACAUCUCUGUAAGGAAGCAAAUGCUUUGCAGAACGGCCACCGGGUGCCUGUGAUUUUGCUUAAAUGUGAGUGAUGUAGUUUAGAAUCUACACCUUGUCUUUCCGACAAGCCCAGUGGAUGAAACACAGAGGCCAUCCUUUGUCACCUGACCUGCUUCACCUGGAAGGUUGUGCCACCUGGUGUGUAAUGUCCACUGUGACACAUUCUUGCAAACCCAUCCGUAGAGAGCGGAAAAGUGCUGUAUCCAUCCGUUCACUGAUAAAAGACAUGUCAUAGUGGAUCCCGUGCUGUUCUUCACCCACACACUGAUGAUGUUGCUCUACAUGAGGCCGCUUGAGGCAUGGGCACCAACCAGUUCGCCGUGCACCAUGAGAAGAGAGCGGUGACUACUAUGCCCAAAAAUGUCCUGGCCUGUGGCUGCUGGAAGGAUGCUGGACAAACAAGUACAAGGAUGCUGCCACUUCCACCGUUCACAUGCGUUCGGGGGAAAUGCCAUCGAGCUGACUGUGCGGACCACUCAGGAAAUGUCUUCGGUAUGGCCACUGUCAAAAAUACAGUCCAGUGACUCAUCGCAAUCAAAGUGCCCCCCUCCCCAUCUUCGUUCAGUUUUUGUGAAUUUUGAGUCUGGAGAUUGCACGUGAAAUACAUACGGCUCCCAUUUCGACCGAUGAGAUCAUCAGAACAAAGCACCUGGGACGUACCAGCAGACCCACUCAGGCUCAGAUGACGAGUUUAUGCUCUGGUCGCCAUUGGCAACCCUGCUGUCCCUCAAUAAUUAAAUAUACUUAAAUAAGAGAACGGUAGCUAUUCCGGUGAAAUAGAGAUAUGAUUCUCGGAAACUGCAGGUAAGCGUUUUCAGGCGAAGAAUAAACAUCUCCCGAAGUGAGCGAUUUUACGUGGUUCAAGGUGGCUGAGACUGAGAGGAGUUUGCAAAACGGCACCAUUGCUUUUGACUACACUUAUUUUUUUUUUUUUUUUUUUUUAAGCACUAUGUGAAUAUAAUUAGGAUUUAAAAGUUUUUUUUUCUGAUUUCUGAAGAAAACCUGUGAAAACCCAUGUUCUCAGGAAGAGUAUUUGAUGUGAAGUGUGCGUGGAAUUUGAAUCCAAGUCAGAGCAGAACAACUAAGAGUUCCGCUGCGGCACCCCAGGCCACGGUUCUCCACCCUACCUUAGCACUGUCUGACAGGUUUACGGCAUUCCUCAGGUAUUCCCUUCUGGUUCUGGAGGGCUGCAUAAGUGUAGGUUUUCUAGCUGACUCUGUGGGCAGCUGAAAGACACCCCCAAAUUAGUUUACUAAUCAAUAAUUAGAUCAGGAGCAUAAGUGCUCAUGAAAACCUACACACUGCAGCCCCUCCAGGACCAGGAGUACAAAGCAAGGCCGAGGGGGCGGAAACUCGAGUGCCUGGCUGGUUUUAAAGUUUAAAUAAUGCCAGAAUUACACCAUAUAUACCUUCCCAGGGUAGUUUUGUACAGGCAGAGUGAAUUAGAUCUGAAAGAGUAGUGUUUCACCCUCUAUCUGAAUGUCUCCUAUGCAACACCUGUACUUUUCUGUGUAUGGAGUACACUCCACAGUGCUUUAAUGUAAGCUGUGUGGAAGUCCAGAUAUUUUUGCGAUUAGCUUUAGCAGCAGAUUUCAGGAAAUCAAUGUUUGCACUGCAGUUGUGAAAAGCAUAUUUUGACUGCUAUUGGACAGCUGUGGGGGGGGGUGGGUGCUGCUGCUUCCAGCUGAGGGUCAGAGGUGCAGUGUGAUUGUCGCUCUGCUCUCUGCUCCUAAGUUUCUGUGGAGAGAGGUAAGAAAAGGGGCUGUCCACACUCCUUAUGAGUAAAACCAUUUAUUCAAGUACUGCAAAUGAGAACCCAGGACCACAAACCGUAAACAUACGUCACACCUUUGCAAUGUUUGAUCAGGAGAAUUUUGGGGGAAAAGAAAAUUACUACUCUCCCCCGCAGCUUUCAGCAGACAGCUGAGUGUUCUGCAUAGUUCAAACCCCAUCAGUUACCCUCUUUUCACCACUUUGUGGAGGGCUGAAACAGUGCAUAUGUAGUGUGGUGGAUACCAUGAGACCUUCCUUCCACCUAUCAGAUAGUGCAGGAUAUUUCUUAUAAAAUCAUUCAGGUUGACAUUUCUUUUCAGGAAAAAUGACUUGCUGAUGCAAGCUGACUCGGAGAUGUCCUGUUCAGGGGGGUAGGAGUGUGCAUAAGAGUAAACUGAGUAAAAGCGGUUUUAAGAGGCUUGACUAUACCACGGUAUUCUUACCCUUACAUUUGCAUUUCCCCAAGCUUUCAGUAUUUUGAACACUUGUUUAUUAAAAGGAAGACCUUCUCAAACUCCUGUCAAAUCUUCGCAAUCCACAAACCUAGAGCCUACAUUUUGAUGACCCAUAGGCUAGAAGUAGUGGCAAAAUGCCCUUUGGGUUACAUUCAGUCUCUUAAAAUCAGAUUUGGGAUCAUUACUGACAGCAUGCCAUUAACAGUACCUGACAGGAAGCAAAAGCCUGUCAUCCCCCACCACCGGAGUAAACAGCAUGCUUCUGACUGGUACUGUGGUAUAUUCUGGUUCUGUACAAUCAGAACCAGAAAGUGUUGCUAAGGAACAUGGUUCCUGCUCUGAGGAUGACUGGAAUGGCAGAGGUGGCAACCUUGAGUCACCUCACAGUAAAAUGUGGCAAUCUAGGAUGACUGGGGAGGACUUUUAGGAAAGGAAAUAAGUUUGGAAAGGCUGAUUAAAUUUCUGUAAUAAAAAUUUUAUUGAAAUCAUUGUUUCAACCAUUUUGACAGGCAGGACAGUUAUUUAUCCCAGUGACGAUGUCUAUGCCCAUAUAAUAAAAACACCAGAGACAAGACAGCGGGUUCAAAUCACAGGUAGACAUUACUUUCAGUUCGGCAAAAUGAGGAAAAUCUGCAGCAAGACCACAAACCUCACGAGGGGUCAAGUCUGACUUGUGGGGCAAGGAAACGAUCAGCUGCCAUUCCAGCCUCAGAAUGAGCGAUGCAAACACAAUGGGUAGAGUUAAAACAAACCAAGCUAAGAUUUAA